UGAUAAGGUAUGAGGAUGUGUUAGAGAUGUCAGUGAUCCAGCAGCUCUCACUCAGACUCUCAGCUGAGGCUGAACGGUCCCAGCAGCAAGAUGGCGGCGGUAAUGUACCGGGGAUUUAUCUUUGCUGAGAAUCUUCUAGCUAGGAGAGCAGCUCAGAUAGUAAACAGUGCAGCAGUUGGUCCUCUGGCUGGAAUUCAACAAAGGCGUCACUUGAAUGUUCAUGAACAUGUCAGCUUCUCACUCCUGAAAAAAUCUGGCAUUCCUGUUCCUGGAUUUGGUGUUGCCCAUACUAAAGAAGAAGCUGUUGAAAUAGCCAACCAACUGGAUUCUACUGAUGUUGUUGUUAAGGCUCAAGUUCUCGCUGGUGGGCGUGGAAAAGGCAAUUUUAAGGGUGGUUUUAAAGGUGGCGUUAAGUUAGUUUACUCGGCAGAAGAAGCUGGAGAAGUGGCAUCAAAGAUGAUUGGGGAUCAGCUUAUAACCAAGCAAACUGGUGCAAAAGGAGUUCCCUGCAACAAGGUCAUGGUGUGUGAACGGAAAUUUCCACGUCGCGAGUUCUACUUGGCUAUCAUGAUGGAGAGGUCUUUUGGUGGGCCAGUCAUCAUUGCAUCAGCCCAAGGAGGUAUCAACAUAGAAGAAGUGGCACAAGAGGAUCCAGAGUCCAUCAUUAAAGUCCCCAUUGAUAUUGUUGAAGGUAUCACAGAUGAGAAGGCAGAGAACCUUACAAAAUGGCUGGGCCUUGAUACUCACUUGGAAGAAACUGUGGGUGUUAUUAAAUCUCUGUAUAAUGCAUUUAUAACAUAUGAUGCAUCUUUGAUAGAAAUCAAUCCGUAUGCAGAGGAUACCUAUGGCAAAUUGUAUGCUCUUGAUGCCAAGAUGAAAUUUGAUGACAAUGCAGAAUUUCGUCAGAAAGAGGUAUUUGAUGAACGUGAUUGGUCACAAGAAGAUGCUAAGGAAGUUGAGGCUGCAAGAUACAACCUAAAUUACAUUGCCCUUGAUGGCAACAUUGGAUGUCUGGUUAAUGGUGCAGGCUUGGCCAUGGCCACUAUGGACAUUAUUAAGUUGCAUGGUGGAUCUCCUGCAAAUUUCCUGGAUGUUGGUGGUGGAGCAACAGCUGAACAGGUCAAGGAGGCAUUCAAGAUUAUCACUGCAGAUCCAAAUGGCACCAAUGUAGAUGAUGCAAAAGCACUUAUGGCUAUGUCCAACCUCAGAAUGCUUCCCUGUGACAAUCUUGAUGAUGCUGCAAAGAUGGUAGUCAAACUUUCAAACAUUAUUACCUUAGCAAAAUCUGCAAAUAUUGACGUUAAAUUUGAAAUUCCUGUGUAGAUUGUGAGAAAAUCUAGGUUACCAUAGCUAUAUAUAUGGCUUUAAGUUAACUAUUCAUUAAUAAAACUCUUUAAGCUAAUGCUGCUGGUAAUCAAAGAAGUUACAAGAAUUGCCAAUCAUUAGAUGUUGUAUUAGGUAUUUAUUUUUACCAUUCAUAAAUAAGCAUGUGUGCUUGUUAUAAAUGGUAUUUGUAAAUUUGUGUACAUUGUUUUUGCACUUGUAUAUUAUUAUUUCUCUAUCAGCUAGGUGGGUGACUGCAACAUCAGUCUAUAUGGUACUUAUAUUGCGUAUGUGAAUUUUUUCUAUACAUUAUUAUAACUUCUGUUAGAUUUAACAAAAGAUCUCUUUUUGUCAUUUUAUUUUGGUCUUACACUUGUGUGCUGAGAAUCAUUUAUGAUGCUAAAAUACAAUGCAUUAAACAUGUAAUAAAUGAGUUUAACCAAUAACAAUAUCAUACAGUAAUUCAGAUAGCCAUAUUGCAAAAUUUACAUUAAUUUGAUUUUAAGGGAUAUAGUAUAUAUAUUUAACAAUUUGGUUUAGGGGAUACACACAUUUAAAAUUAUAAAUAACUAUAUAUAUUUUUAUUUGCUUCAGAACAAAUUUUUUCUGUAAUGAUAUAGAAAUGUUUCAUAUAUACAAAUAUUUAUGUAUAUAUACACUUGUAUAUGCUGUAUAUUAUAAUUAUCUCACUGUAUCAUGACAUUAUCCAUGUAUAAUAUGGAUGAAAUUAUGAUACAAGGAUAAUGAAGUAAAUGGCUUCUUUAUUAAAUAGAAAUGACAAAACA